AUGUCGUACCACCGUCUUUCUCAUACCAUAUCCUCAAAAGGACAGGAAACCCAAUAUGUUUACUUAAACGAGAUCGAUGAUAAAACUCGUAUUCAAUGCUUUACCACCACACUUCUCAACAUUACCGUUGGUAACUCCGAAAUGUCGAAUUUCGUUGGUCAACAAUUUCACGCCAAUCUUGAAGUACCAAUUUUUGGUCCGUCUUUUCACACUGUACCAAUGACCGUUCCUAUUGUCAUUUCCAAUGAUAAUUGUCCCGAAAAGGUGGAUGUUAACGGAAACCGAGCGAUUGCUGAUGAAGGUGAAUUUACUUUUUAUAACAAACAAACAAAAAAAGUCGAUAAUGCACUUUCAAUGUUAGUGAUCAAUCUAUUCAUCUAUCUUGCAUAUAAAGAGAAUAGACAAAAUGAAAAGGAACCUACCGUAACGUGUGUGGAGGAUGGACAAAAGAUUCAGGAAAUUAAGACCGAGGCCAUACUUGACUUGCGUAAUCACAAGGGUAAAGUUCAGUAUUUGGUAAAGUGGAAGACCAUCGAGUGGCCGGAAUGGAAAGAAGCGAACGAGUGCGAUAUGGAAUUGAGACAAAAAUUUCUUGAUAAAGAAGGGAAUAGUGCCGAAAUGAUAUCAGAAAGCACUUCCAAGGUGAAGAAAGGUGUAUGGGACGACCGUGUGCGAAAAGUCAUAACAAUGGCGCGAGACCCUAACACGGGGGAAGAAUGGAAGCGCCUCAGUUCAUCCAAAUUCGGUGGUGAACGUCAAGUGUCCUCGAGCGGUGCUUCAAUUCUAUGA